AUGAGCCGCCCAGCCAGAUGCACGAACGCGAGCGCCCGUCGCCCCGACCCGAAAACCGCCGCCCCAUGCCGCCGAACACCGCCUAGCCCGACCCUGCGACCCCCGACCCGAGCACGACCGCGACGCCGCGACGCCGACGGACCGCUACGACACCUUGAACCCGCGCCGCAAAGCGCGAACGGAGCGAACGCUACAGCCCCGUACCGGUUCCUCGCUUCGCGCGGGCACGGCCCGACCGACCCGGUCCUCGGAGCCAAUCCUUCUUCCGAAGGUACGGAUCCAUUUUGCCGACUUCCCUUACCUACAUUGAUGCCAUCGACGAGAGGCUGUACACCUUGGAGACCUGCUGCGGAUGGUGGGUACGGACCGACUCGAGAGCUGCGAAAACCGGACCCGGAUUUUCCAGGGCCGCCGAAAGCGCACCGGACGCCGCCCGAGCCGCGGCGCUCUACAGGUACCUUUUCCGUAUCUCCGGACGAGCCGAUUCCACGGACACGGUCCUUUACGAAGAAGAGAGAACUCUUCCCGGGGCUCUCGGCGACGUCUCCGGGCUCGCUUGCGUCACCGCGGUUUCGCCCUGAGAAGCGACGAGACGCCACCGACAUUGCUGCCAGCAGCGCCGCCACCCCCGGGCACUCUCCGAGUCCGGGUUCGGGAAUAUUAACCCGAUUCCCUUUCGACGGAAGGCCGGCCGCUCGUCCUUUGUUAGCGUCGUCGUUUUUGUUGUUUUCGAGGACAACAAACGAGUGUGACAGACUUACGGAUCCGGCGCCUUUCGGGAAGACUUUCGCCUGCGUCUUAGGACCGACUGACCCGUGCUCGACCGCCGUUGGCACGGAACCCUUCUCCACUUCGGUCUUCGAAGGUCUCGUUCGAAUAUUUGCUACUACCACCGAGAUCUGCACCCGCGGUCGGCUCCACCCGGGCUCGCGCCCUAGGCUUCCGUGCUCACCGCGGCGCCCUCCUACUCGUCGCGGCAUCGGUCAGGCGCGCGCAUCGUUUUCGUCAGCGCAAGCGCUCCUCGCCGCGACGGUCCGGCAUCGGUCCGUCGCUCCAGCGCCAUCCAUUUUCGGGGCCGCGGAUUCCGACUUCCGUGGCCACCGUCCUGCUGUCUAUAUCGACCGACACCCUUUCGGGGAUCUCAUGGGCGUCGCGUUAGGCACCUUAGCCGGACGUUUGGUUCAUCCCACAGCGCCAGUUCUGCUUACCAAAAGUGGCCCACUUGGCACUCGCAUUCGUUUCUGCCGCCGUCGAGACGACGAAGGCGGCAGAGAAGUGGGACGGCUCCGUAUUCGGGAGAGUCGACCCGUUCCACCCGUUCCGAGUUCGAGAGUAGGUCGAGGCCGUGAACGGCCCCGGGGCCUCCAAUCAGUUUCCUCUGGCUUCAUCCCGACCGGGCGUGGAUCGCCAUCUUUCGGGUCCCUGGCCGCUCGCUACGCCAGAGUCGGCCGAGUCGUACUCGGAGAAAAAAAUUACCGACCCGGGGGUGAUGCGCCCGCGCGCAGCGCCUAA